AUGCCCAAUUUUACUGAUGUGACAGAAUUUAUUCUUUUGGGAUUAACCAGUCAUCCUGAAUUGCAACUCCUUUUCUUUGUGGUUUUCUUACUUGUGUACAUUAUCACCCUGAUUGGGAAUAUUGGCAUGAUCAUAUUAAUUAGGAUUGGUCCCCAGCUCAAUAGCCCCAUGUACUUUUUUCUCAGUCAUUUAUCUUUUGCAGGUGUGUGGUUCUCCUCCAACGUCACACCUAAAAUGCUGGAAAACUUGGUAUCUGAUUCCAAAACCAUUACCUACCCUGGUUGCAUUGUGCAGUGUUUUUUCUUCAUUGCCUUUGUCCAUGUAGGGGUCUUCAUCCUUGCCAUGAUGGCCUUUGACAGAUACAUGGCAAUUGGCUACCCUCUUCUCUAUGGCAGCAGAAUGUCAAGGACUAUCUGUAUUCGACUGAUUUCUUUCCCUUAUAUAUACAGCUUCUUUAUUAGUCUGAUCUCCACACUUUGGACCCAUGGUUUGUACUUUUGUGGAAACAUUGAGAUCAACCACUUCUACUGUACAGACCCAACCCUCAUCAAAAUGGCCUGUACAGGGACUUUUAUUAAAGAAUACACCAUGAGCACAUUAGCAGAUCUCAACUUCUCUUAUUCUUUAUUGAUCAUUAUCAUCUCCUACAUAUUUAUCCUUAUUGCCAUCCUCAAAAUGCAUUCUUCAGAAGGAAGAAAGAAAGCCUUCUCCACAUGUGGGUCCCACCUGACCACUGUCACCAUAUUUUAUGGAACGCUCUUUUUCAUGUAUCUUAGAAGCCCUACCGAGGAGUCUGUGGAGCAGGGGAAAAUGGUGGCUGUGUUUUACACCACAGUAAUUCCUAUGUUGAACCCCAUGAUCUACAGUCUUAGGAAUAAGGAUGUAAAGGAGGCCAUGAACAAAGGAAUCAGUAGAACAUUUUUAAUUAAAUGA